GUAAUUUGUAAACAUUUCAAACUGGAACACGUGGUUGUCGAGUAAAGUGACGGUGUAAACAGCUGUUUUAGGAGAUUCGUGAUGAUGCUAAGUAGCACAUCAUUUCGUUUCAUUUGUUGAACUAUGGACAUAUCCAUUGAGCUGGUGAAGCGGCAUUGUAGUCGAUAUUUUGAGAGUUAUGCUUCAUGUGUGGACAAGUUCCCCUACACGUGGCACUUGGAUUGUGACAAACAGAAAGCCAAGCUGAACAAAUGUGCUGAAGGACACCCAACGAUACAGAACAUAAAAUAUGGAUGUGUGGACUCCUUCGAAAAGUAUGACGAAUGUAUCAGCACUCACCCAUCCAAAGCUGAGCUUUGUGGCCAGUUUUUAAAUGCGUUUAAAAAAUGCGCCAAAAAAUUUUACACUGCAGAAGAUAUUAAAAGUGUUUCUGACAGAGGAGCCAAAUCUUGAUACUUACCAUAUGUUACAACCAAGGACAAUACAGAAAGUGUCAUUCACAUACACUCAAGAGCCAAAUGCAGAUCUCUGUGGCUUGCAUCACCUGCAGCCAUGUGACAGUUGUACGAGCGGCAUGAAAACAGAUUUGUAUCCAAUUGGGUUUAGGACGUGGGUGUACCUCUGUUUUGUGAUGAAAGUGAUGAUGGCCAUCAACAGAUAUAUGUUUUUUGGGCUUAACCCCACCUUACCCUCUAGAACAGUUUUUAUUGUCCUUUUGAAAGAAUAUUUUGGUCCAAGUUUUAAUUUCUUUAAAAUGCCUCUUUCAUUAGCCAGAAUAAGAAAAAAAAAUCCAUACUGACCUUCCAUGUUUUUUUCAGAUAGGGUUGGUAUAUUUGAACAAAACCUUCUUUGAAAUUAGUCUGGGGCUACAGUAAAACUGUUGCCUGUGUUCUGCUUUUCUGUUCAUGGACAGAUCUUGGAAACCAAGCCUUCUCAUUUCUUUCACAUUUUUUCUGAGUUGUGCCCAGAGUUUGUUACAAAUGAAUUCAUAGAAAAAUAAUCACAUUUUACUUAGAAUGCAACUUCUGACCAUAAUGAACAUGUCUUUGCUGUGGCCACAUAUCUUAAUAUGAUCAAAUAUAUCAGCCAUAAUUGUGUGGAGAGUGGCGUCGUCGUCGUCGAAGGCUAUAUACAUGUAUGCGUUUGGACUUCUGAUCAAAUAUAUCAGACAUAAUUGUGUGGAGAGUGUCGUCGUCGUCGAAGGCUAUAUACAUGUAUGCGCAUGGACUUCUGAUCAAAUAUAUCAGACAUAAUUGUGUGGAGAGUGGCGUCGUCGUCGUCGAAGGCUAUAUACAUGUAUGCGCAUGGACUUCUGAUCAAAUAUAUCAGACAUAAUUGUGUGGAGAGUGGCGUCGUCGUCGAAGGCUAUAUACAUGUAUGCGUUUGGACUUCUGAUCAAAUAUAUCAGCCAUAAUUGUGUGGAGAGUGGCCUCGUCGUCGUCGAAGGCUAUAUACAUGUAUGCGUUUGGACUUCUGAUCAAAUAUAUCAGACAUAAUUGUGUGGAGAGUGGCGUCGUCGUCGAAGGCUAUAUACAUGUAUGCGCAUGGACUUCUGAUCAAAUAUAUCAGCCAUAAUUGUGUGGAGAGUGGCGUCGUCGUCGAAGGCUAUAUACAUGUAUGCGCAUGGACCUCUGAUCAAAUAUAUCAGCCAUAAUUG